AUGCAGGAGCAGCAGCAGCAGCAGCAGCAGCAGCAGACCGUGAGGCCCUGUGUGUUCUGCAGCAGACCAGAUAUAAAGGAAGCAGACCUAAGGCCUAGACGCAGCAGCAGCAGCAGCAGCAGUUGCAGCAGCAGCAGCAGCAGCAGCAACCGCAGCAGCAGCAGCGGUUUGGAUGCUGACGUGACCAAUGGCUGGCUGCAGCACCAGCAGCAGGAGCACCAGCAGCUGCAGCAACAGCAGCUGGAGCAACAGCAGCUGCAGCAGCAGAGCUGCAGCAACAGCAGCAGCAGCAAAAUGAGCGAGGACUUAUACUGGGAUGAGGGCACCAACCGCUACUACAAGUUAGACGUAGACAAAGACGAGUUUUACUCUGACGAUGAAACAAGAGCUGCUGAUGCUGCUGCAGCAGAAGAAGCCAGACUUCUAGAGCAGCAGCAGCAGGAAGCUGCUGCUUCUCCUCCUGCUGCUACUACUCCUUCUCCUCCUGCUGCUACUAGUCCUCCAGCUGCUACUAGUCCUCCAGCUGCUGCUAUUAGUCCUGCUGCUGCUACUAGUCCUCCUGCUGCUGCUACCCCUCCUGCUGCUGCUACUACUCCUCCUCCUGCUGCUACUAGUCCUCCUGCUGCUGCUACCUCUCCUGCUGCUGCUACUACUCCUCCUGCUGCUGCUGCAGCAGCAGGUGCUACAGAGAAUGGAGCACGCGCGCAGAAGGCCAGCCCCGCCGUGGCUGCUGCUGCUGCUGCCGCUGCAGCAGACAAGGCAGCAGCGGAUAAGGUAGCAGCAAAAGCUACAGCAGCAGGGGAGGCCGCAGCAAGAGUGCAGAGAACAGCGAGAGCAGCAGCAGAUCCUGCAGCUACGUCUCGUGCCGCAGCAGCUGAGGCAGCAGCAGCAGAGAAAACUGCAGCAGCAACAGCGAAAGCUGCUGCUGCAGCAGCUGCAGCAGAGAAAGCUGCAGCAGAAGCAGCAGCAGAGAAAGCUGCAGCUGAAGCAGCAGCAGAGAAGGCUGCAGCAGAAGCAGCAGCAGAGAAGGCGGCAGCAGAAGCAGCGGCAGCACAGAGGGCUGCAGCUGAGAAGGCAGCAGCAGAAGCAGCAGCAGCUAAAGCAGCAGCAGCAGAGGCAGCAGCAGCGCAGAGGGCUGCAUCCGAGAAGGCAGCAGCAGAAGCAGCAGCAGCAAAAGCAGCAGCAGCAGCAAAAACAGCAGCAGCAGAAGCAGCAACAGCACAGAGGGCUGCGUCCGAGAAGGCAGCAGCAGAAGCAGCAGCAGCUAAAGCAGCAGCAGCAGAAGCAGCAGCAGUGCAGAGGGCUGCAUCCGAGAAGGGAGCAGCAGCAGCAGCACCUGCUGCGGGGCCGGAGAAAGUAGCAGACGCAACAGCAGCACAGCCAGAUGCAGCAGCAGCAGCAGCAGCAGCAAGUGCUGCAGUGCAGCGGGGCCCUGAAGGCCCAGGUGGCAGUCGCCUGCUGGCAGCAGGAGCAGAAGCAGCUCGCGCUGCUCAUCUCGAGUUAAACAAGAAACUGGAGGAGGCGGAGGCUGAGAUAGCGCGGCUUCGGGCGUUGGAGAUGUCUCGUGAUAGGGGGCUCGGAGACACCCUAGAGAGAGAAAACCUCAAAAGAGAAAGAGAUGAGCUGCAGCUGCAGCUGCAACGCCUCAGAGAGGAAGCGGCAGAACUGGAGGAAGCAAUAGAGGAGGCGGCUGUGGAGAAAGAAGUGGCCUUAGAAAACCUCGAGAGGGAGAGAGCGAAAGCAGAGGAUAUCAAACUCCAGCUCGAGCUGCAGGCAAGGGUUACAGAGAAGGAGUUGGAGGUGGCGCAGCUGCAGCAGCAGCUGGCAGAGCAGCAGACUCGCGAAGCUGCUGCUUUGAAGCAGCAGCAGCAGAUGCUGCAGCAGCAAGUGCAGCUAAUUAACAAGGCAAAGGCUAAGGAAUUCGAACGUGGUGUGCAGCAGCUGAAGCAGCUGCUGCUGUCUGCGCAUGAGGAGAGACAGAAGGCUUUAGCUCAGGCUGCUGCGCUGCAGCAGCAAGCUGCAGAGCAGCAGCAGCAAAUCGAGAUGCUGCAUGCAGCUGCAGCAGAGGAUCAGAGUUUGCUGCAGGAGCUGGAGGAGCAGGACGAGCAGCAGCGGAAGCUGCUGCAGCAGCUGCUGCAGCAGCAGCAGCAGCAGCAGGAGCAGCUGCCGAACCACCGAGGAGACACUGCGUGA